AUGGAUGAAGUAAAGACGACAUUGGAGGAUUUCGCAGAAUUCUGUGGUUUCAAUUUAAGCGCAACUUCUUAUUUUCGUCGUUUUAUCUUCAAAGAUUUGAACUAUGAAUUAAGACCAUGUGCGGAAUCGCUCUUGGUUUUCAUCCAACAUUUUCCGCUUUUUUUCUUUUCUGUACUCGCAGUCUUCUCACUUUCGUUCAUUAAUAGCGUGGAUGCAGCAACAAAUUGCGAAAUCGACGAAGUACUGGAAAAUGUGUUGCGCGAUGAGUUUAUAGCUAAAGCUAAAACGUUUCGACGGAUCACUUCUGAUAAAAUAUGGUUUUUGAUGCUUGAAAAAUUUUUCCUAUCACUGGUGACUACAAUCAUUUUUGGUUUAUGCGUUUUUCUUGGAUUGGUAUCAUAUUAUAAAUUGAGUUCAGUCGAUCUUAUACUUUACUCAUUUUUGUGUUUAAUUUGGUUUAUUUCUUCGUCUCAAUGCGUUAUUUCAUUGCUUUUUACAACAUGGACAUUUUCGAUCGGAUUUUUUUUGGCUUAUAAGAUAGCGGCAUUUUCGAUUAUUUUUUUUUCGGUUCAUCGAUGGAUAAUUUAUGGCUUUAAUGAUUUUCGUACAUUUCUUCCGUUAUCAACUGUACCAUUCCACUGUGUACAUUUGUUGGUUUUGUUGUAUGAAUGGCAUAUGUCUAGAAAAAAUCUUUCCGCUUUGUAUUCCGAUAUUGAAAUUAAUGAUACAUUUGUAUCGCAUGAUAACAUUGAUGAGCCUGGUAAUUUUCUCUCUCGAAUAUUCUUUUGUUGGACGGAUUCGCUGGUUCAAAAAGGGUAUAAAGGUCAACUUAAUGAGGUUACGGAUUUGUUGGCGUUGCCUUCAAGUUUAAAGGUCAAUAUUGUUGAAGAUGAAUUCACUGAAUCUUCAUCAACACGCUUUGCGUUUGGAAUUCCAUAUUUUGCCAUUGGCAUUAUAAAGUUAAUAUCUGAUCUCCUGGUUUUCUUAGGUCCACUACUUCUUCAUUCUCUCGUUGUUUGUUUCGAAGAUGUGAAGUGUAAGGAGGAUGGGUAUCUUUAUAGCGCUUUGAUGGUUUUUGCUUCAUUUCUGACGGCUAUUUUGUCAACUAAUUUCAAUUAUUAUGUUUCCAAAAUAGCUUUAAAAAUUCGCUGUGCAAUAUCUAUUGCUUUAUAUGAUAAGCUGCUCCGUUUGCGAUUAUCCACAUUGUCAUCCUUUACAUCUGGUGAAUUAUUUAAUUUUUUAAGUAGUGAUGUUGAUCGCAUCGUCAAUUUUUGUACUUCUUUCCAUUCAUUUUGGAGCUUGCCUAUGCAACUUUCAAUUGCUCUAUACCUUCUUUAUCGUGAGGUAGGUUUGGCUUUUCUUGCUGGUUUGCUGGCCUCCAUUCUUCUCGUGCCAGUCAAUAAAUGGAUUACCAUCAAAAUUGGCCAGUUAUCAACAAAAAUGAUGGAUUGCAAGGAUCAGCGUGUUAAGCUGGUAAGUGAGAUGGUGCAUUCCAUUCGAACCGUGAAAUUGUCGAACUGGGAACAUGAAUUAGAACGUCGUAUCACAGUUUUACGUCAGAGAGAGCUGAAUUAUCUUCGUGGUCGUAAAUAUUUGGAUGCUUUAUGCGUUUAUUUGUGGGCUUCAGCUCCAGUGCUUAUUACUGCUGCAAUUUUUGCAGUUUAUACUCUUCUGCUUCAUCGUGAACUUACCGCAGCAAAGGUUUUUACAUCUUUGGCCCUGAUUAACAUAUUGAUAAUGCCAUUAAAUGCUUUCCCUUGGGUUUUAAGCGGAAUUGUUGAAUCGUAUGUUUCAUUGAAACGACUCAACAGGUUUUUCGCAUUGGAAAGUAUCGAUCUUGCUUCGAUUUAUUCAUUGACCACGGAUGCUACUCAACCAAUUCAAAUCGAUGGUGCGACUUUUUACUGGAAAAGUGGGAAAUCUGUUGGAAAUGUGGUGGGAACGGUAGUCGGUAUAUUUGGUCCUGUUGGUUGUGGCAAAUCCACUUUUUUACUAGGAAUUCUUGGCGAAACAGAAAUUAUAGGCGAAAUUCGUAUCAGGCAAAAUGCAGUCCGAGAAGGAUUCGCUUACGUUUCUCAGAAUUGUUGGUUGCAACGUGGCACUGUUAGGGAAAAUAUAAUUUGCUAUAAAAAUUUUGAUGAAAUGUUCUAUAAGAAAGUUGUACGUGCAACUGCUUUAGAUGUGGAUAUUGAUGGUAUGCCUGGAAAUGACGAAUAUGAAAUUGGUGAUGGUGGUCGUACUUUAAGUGGUGGACAACGAGCACGCAUUGCUUUGGCCAGAGCUGUCUAUCAGGAUCUCGACGUAUACCUGUUAGAUGAUCCAUUUGCUUCUGUUGACGCCAAAGUUGGCAAUCAUAUUUGGAAAGAAUGUAUUAUGGGAAUGCUGAAGCGUCGAAAUAAAGUUGUUUUCGUUGUUUCACACAACGCAGCCUAUUUGAAAGAUGCAGAUGAGGUCAUUGUUCUCGAUAAAAAUGGAAAAAUUGCUAAAAGAGGGAUUCCGUCAAAAGUCUUAAAUUAUUCUCCAACACAAGAAUUGUUAUCACUUCAGGCGAAAAGUUAUAUAGAAUCUAACGCUGAACAUUUCCAAUCUCCUCCUGAAGAAAAACAGCAAGGUAAAGUGCGUUUAACGGUAUAUCGUUAUUAUAUUCGAGCAGCCGGUAUUAUUCUUUCUUCUGCCAUAAUCCUUGCAUUUACUAUGAUGCAAGCGUCAAAAAAUGUUUCGGAUUGGUGGUUAAGCAAUUGUUCGAAGAAAAACGCCAAUCUUUCUUCAAUACCUCUUCGAUUUCCAGAUUUUUUAUGGACUUUUCAAGAAUAUAGCAUCACUGACUGGAGUCGGACAGUAUACUUCUUGACAGUAUAUAUGAUAUUGGCUGCUAGUAAUACGUUGUUCACCCUUAUAAGAGCUUUUCUAUUUGCUUACGGAGGAAUGAAUGCGGCAACUCGUCUUCAUUCCAUUCUUCUUCAUCGUAUUUUGAAGGCUCCAGUUCAAUGGUGGGAAAAUACACCAUCGGGUCGUAUAAUUAAUCGAUUGUGUGCAGAUAUUUAUAACAUCGAUGACUCGCUACCUUUCAUUUUUAAUAUAUUUUUGGCUUCAUUAUUCAACCUUUUCGGUUCAGUGAUACUUAGUUUUUAUGCAGUUCCAUCUCUGACGCCAAUCUUCAUUUCACUUUUCAUAAUAUAUUAUCUUAUUCAGCGCUAUUAUCGAUAUACUACAUGUGAAGUAAAGCGAUUAACGUCGAUUUCCCUUUCUCCUUUAUACAAUCAUUUAAUGGACACUAUAAGUGGUUUGAGUACCAUUCGUGCUUUUCGUUUUGUGGAAAGUUUUAUGGUUCGUUUCCGCACAUGUCUCACUGAUAAUAUUCGAGCUCAGUAUUCCACUUUAGCUUCUUCACAAUGGUUAACAGUGCGUUUGCAGAUUAUUGGUGCAUUCAUGGUUUCAGCUGUAUCGCUCACUGCAGUUGUGCAACAUAAUUUUUAUUUCGUUGACACCGGUUUCAUUGGAUUGGUUUUAAUGUAUGCCCUAACAACUACCAAUCUUUUAAAUACAUUGCUUACCUCGUUUGUCGAUUGUGAGAAAGAAUUUAUUUCGGUCGAGCGUAUUGCUGAAUUUAUCGAACAUACUCCUCAAGAAGACAAUUUUUUUGAGAAGAAGUUACUUUCAACUGUGUAUGGUGAAAUACGUUUUGAAAAUGUGGCAUUGCGUUAUUCUCCUGCUCUGCCUUUAGCAAUAGAGAAUGUUUCAUUUCGAAUCGAACCAGGCAGUCGUAUAGCUAUUGUUGGCCGAACAGGGUCUGGCAAAAGUAGUUUGAUUCAGGCUUUGUUGCGAGCAAACCCUAUAUGUGCGGGCAAAAUAUUUAUCGAUAAUGUGGACAUUUAUACGAUUGAAUUGCACUCAUUACGUUCUUUAUUUGGUAUUGUAACACAGACUCCAUUCAUUUUCUCUGGUACUCUCCGUGAUAAUCUUGCUUUUGGGGCUAGUUUAUCUGAAGAUGAUAUCAAUAAAAUACUAAAUGUCAGCCAGCUUGAAAAUGGAGCGAAUAUUUCGUUUGGUGAGAAACAGAUCAUAUCAAUUUGUCGAAUUGUUCUUGCCCAUCCGAAGAUUGUGAUAUUCGAUGAAGCCACAGCACAUAUGGAUUAUGCAGCUCAUUCUGAUAUGAAUAGAUUGGUGCGUUCUCUUCUUCCUUCGUCAACAGUGGUUUCAAUUCUACAUAGAACGGAAACUAUAAGUGAUUAUGAUAAUGUUAUCUUCAUGGACAAAGGUCAAGUCGUUUGGCAGGGUACUCCAAACCAACUCUUCUGUGAUGAUAUUAGUAUACGGUUCAAUAAUGCUGUUUAG